AUGGCCAUGGCCAUGGCAGCGUCAUCGGUGCUGGUCCUUGUCCUCCUCUGCGCCAUGGCCGGCGCGGGGUCGGCGAGCCUCACCUCGGCCUUCGAGGACCGCUUCAAGAAACUCACCAACGUAUUCGAACCGCGGGUGCGCGGGGAUCUCGGCUUCUGCAUCAACGACCCGUACGUUACCCGCGGGCCGCCGCCAGGGAUCUCACCGGUGUUGUGCAGGGACAAGGAGUGGAACAAAACCUUCAAAUUCCCCGAUGUUGCCUUCAUCGUCGACUGCUUGAACGAAGGAGACCUGCCGCUACGUGUAUGCACCGCUGCCGAGCUCAAGUUCUACUUCGAGAGUCUCACCAGCGGAAAGAAGAACUACGUCAGGCCCAACAAGAACUGCAACCUCACCGCGUGGAUCGACGGAUGCGAGCCCGGCUGGGCCUGCGCCGCCGACGGAGAAUUGGAUUACAAUGACGCCGUCAACUUCCCGCCUAGGACGGACCUUUGCAGAGGAUGCUGUCCGGGAUUCUUUUGCCCACACGGGCUCACAUGCAUGAUACCUUGCCCUUUGGGAGGAUACUGUCCACAAUCCACCCUAAACAAAACAACGGGAGUUUGUGAUCCAUACAACUACCAACCGCCUCCUGGCAAGCCGAAUCACACUUGCGGUGGUGCUGACAGAUGGUCAGAUGUCAUGACUACCGACGACGUCUUCUGUCCUGCUGGUUACUACUGUCCAAGCCCUAUAACCAAGCUUGAUUGUAGUAGUGGGUACUAUUGCAGGAAAGGAUCAACCUCCCAAACCAAAUGCUUAUCCAAGGGCAGUUGUAAACCAAACUCUGCAACCCAGGAUAUCACAAUAUUCGGUGCAAUGCUAGGGGGUGCUCUAAGUUUAGUGUUGUUGAUCAUCUACAACUUCUCUGAUCAACUUCUUACCAACCGAGAGAAAAGGCAAGCCAAAUCUAGGGAAGCUGCUGUAAGACAUGCACGAGAGACUGUGCAAGCUCGUGAGAGGUGGAAGUCGGCUAAAGAUGUAGCCAAGAAGCACGCCGGUAGCCUGCAAAAUUCUCUCUCCCGCACAUUCUCGCGCAAGAAGACUCUCAGGACGCAUGAAUCAUCGAAAGGAGGUGGCGGCUGUCCAACUGAACCCACAGAUGCGGAUCCACCAAAAGAAACAGGAGAAAUAAACCAAGCAGCAGGCUUCAAUAAUGUUGAAGCUGUAGGGGAAAAAAAGAAGACCAAAGGGAAACAUGCCCACACUCAAAGCCAAAUCUUCAAGUAUGCAUACGGGCAAAUCGAAAAGGAGAAGGCACUGGAACUGGAGCUAGAACAGCAGCCGAAUAAUAACCUUACCUUUUCAGGAGUGAUAUCCAUGGCGACCGAUGAAGAUAUAAGGACAAGACCUAGAAUUGAGAUUGCUUUCAAGGAUCUUACUCUAACCUUGAAGGGGAGUAAGAAGAAGCUCCUAAGGUCUGUGACCGGGAAGCUUAUGCCUGGCCGGGUGGCCGCUGUCAUGGGCCCGUCAGGUGCGGGGAAGACCACAUUCCUUAGUGCUAUCGCAGGUAAGGCUACUGGAUGCGCGCCAUCCGGUAUGAUACUCAUAAAUGACAGAGUAGAACCUAUCCGUGCAUACAAGAAAAUCAUCGGCUUUGUCCCGCAAGAUGACAUUGUCCAUGGAAACUUGACUGUCCAAGAGAACCUAUGGUUUAAUGCAAGAUGCAGGCUCCCUGCUGAGAUGUCACAGGCUGAAAAAGUUCUUGUUGUGGAAAGAGUUAUCGAGGCUUUGGGAUUGCAACCAGUUCGCGAUUCCUUGGUUGGAACUGUUGAGCAGCGUGGCAUCUCUGGUGGCCAGCGUAAGCGAGUAAAUGUUGGGCUAGAGAUGGUCAUGGAACCCUCUGUGUUGAUUUUAGACGAGCCAACGUCUGGUUUGGACAGUGCUUCAUCUCUGCUAUUGCUUCGCGCCCUACGCCGGGAAGCUCUUGAAGGUGUCAACAUCUCUAUGGUGGUCCAUCAACCCAGUUACACAUUGUACAACAUGUUUGAUGAUUUGAUACUUCUCGCGAAAGGUGGUAUGACUGUCUACCACGGGCCCGUGAAGAAAGUGGAGGAGUACUUCCAAGGUCCGGGGAUUGUCGUCCCGCAUCGUGUCAAUCCACCGGACUACUACAUAGAUAUCUUGGAGGGAAUCGUGAAGCCAAAUACGAAUGCAGCAGUCAAUGUCAAAGAUCUCCCUCUGCGAUGGAUGCUGCACAACGAAUACGAAGUUCCAAGAGAUAUGUUGCAGAGUGCUUCUGACUCGGGAUCGUCGUUUAGGGAAGGAGAGGGGGGUCACACUGGCCCUGAAGCCGAAUCCAAAAAAUCCGUUGUUAGUGAAUUGUGGGGUAAUCUCAGGGACAUACUUGGGCAGAAAAAGGAUGAGUAUGAUUACAAUAAAUCUUCUGAAGAUUUAUCUAACCGGAAAACUCCUGGCAUCCUUAGGCAGUACAAGUACUACCUGGGAAGAUGUGGCAAGCAAAGGCUUCGUGAAUCUAGAAUACAAGGAGUCGACUUUCUGAUUCUGGGCCUUGCUGGUAUCUGUUUAGGGACACUGGCUAAAGUGAGCGACGAGACAUUUGGAGCACUUGGCUACACAUACACUGUCAUCGCUGUCUCCCUUCUGUGCAUGAUUGGUGCCCUUCGGUCAUUCUCCCUGGAGAAGAUACACUACUGGAGGGAAAGAGCAUCAGGCAUGAGCUCUUUGGCAUACUUCAUGUCUAAAGACACGAUCGAUCACUUCAACACCAUUGUGAAACCUAUUGUAUACUUGUCCAUGUUCUACUUCUUCAACAAUCCGAGGUCGUCGAUCUGGGAGAACUAUGUGAUCCUCGUUGCGGUCGUCUACUGCGUGACGGGGAUCGGCUACACUUUCGCUAUCUUCUUUCAGCCCGGUUCGGCACAGCUGUGGUCCGCGUUGCUUCCGGUUGUCCUAACUCUGGUUUCAACCGAGCAGAAGGGCACCGUGUUUGCCAAAUUAUGCUACACAAAGUGGGCUCUCGAAGCAUUCGUGGUCGCAAACGUAGAGAGGUAUUCAGGGGUUUGGAUGAUCACACGAUGUGGUUCCCUAAUGCAAACCGGGUAUGACAUCGACAACAAGAUCUGGUGUAUAGUCGUCCUCGCGGUGAACGGGAUAGUAUUCCGGUGUAUAGCCUUCUUCUGCAUGGUCAUCUUCCAAAAGCACUGA